AUGGCGAGAAGAUUUUCAAUCGGCGGUAUCAAUAUUUGCUUUCUUGCAAUCAUGGUCGUCUCAUUUGUAUUCGACGCAAAAGCACUAGCAGCUAGAAAAUAUGACUUCUUCAAGAUCGCCAUGAAAUGGCCACCAUCAUAUUGUAAUACUGGUCAGAGUUCUUGUCAAGAACCAAUAGUAGUAAAUUUCACAAUCCAUGGUCUCUUUCCAAUGUAUAAUCCUGAAACUAUUGUUCCUCCGUAUGAUGAAGAUCAUGGAUGCACUGAUAUCCAACCCAUGGAUGAAGAUGAUAUUGAUCUCGAUUACCUAGAAUCUGAAUCGAUACUAGAUGAACUGAAUAUGUAUUGGAUGGAUGUUGUGUUCAACAAUUGGGUGGAAAUGAAUCUACAACAAUGGCGAAAACAAUAUAAGAAACACGGCAAGUGUUUUGACUAUGCUGAUCAUCCUUCAUAUUUUUUCAACAUGGCCUUAGCUUUUGUGAGGAGGGUCAAUCUUCUUCUGAUACUCGAUUAUGCAAGCAUUACUCCUAACAAUGAAGAAGAAGCAUAUCUUGCACGCCACAUCAGAAAUAAUAUUAGUAAUGCUGGAGGGGGAAAGAGAGUUCAAAUUCGCUGCAAUGAGGACGCCAAUGGAUUCUUGCAACUCUCUGAGGUCCGAGUAUGCUUCAAGCCGAGUGGUGUUGCUAUAGAUUGUCCACAUGGUUAUGCUAAAGGUCUUCCAGCUCAGAUCGUCAUUGUGAAUAAACGGUUGUCUGAACUUUUUGCUAGAGCCUUUGAUACAUUUUCUGGUGCAUGA